CUCAUGUGCACGCUUCCUUUCUCAGGACCUUGCUGAAGGGGGGAAGGUUGUCUCGCGCGGAUGGACCACCAGGAUCAAUAAUAAUAAAACAAAACUUCGAUAAACUGAAUUUUGUUCCGCUAGCAAGCUACAACAAUGCCGGCAUACUUUCAAAGACCGGAGAACGCUCUGAAGCGAGCUAAUGAGUUCCUCGAGGUUGGCAAGAAGCAGCCUGCUUUGGACGUGCUGUAUGAUGUCAUCAAGAGCAAAAAACAUCGAACAUGGCAGAAGAUCCACGAGCCGAUUAUGCUCAAGUAUCUGGAGCUGUGCGUGGACCUCCGCAAGAGCCAUCUAGCCAAGGAAGGACUCUACCAGUACAAAAACAUUUGUCAGCAGGUCAAUAUCAAGUCUUUGGAGGACGUGGUUCGUGCGUACCUGAAACUGGCUGAGGAGAAGACGGAGACAGCGAAGGAAGAGUCACAGCAGAUGGUGUUGGACAUUGAGGACCUGGAUAACAUUCAGACCCCAGAGAGUGUUCUGCUGAGCGCGGUGAGCGGGGAGGACACGCAGGACCGCACGGACCGCCUGCUUCUCACACCGUGGGUCAAAUUCCUCUGGGAGUCAUACCGCCAGUGCCUGGAUCUGCUGAGAAACAACUCCAAGGUGGAGCGGUUAUACCAUGAUAUUGCCCAGCAAGCAUUCAGGUUCUGCCUUCAGUACACCCGUAAGGCGGAGUUUCGUAAGCUGUGUGAUAACCUGCGCAUGCACCUGGGUCAGAUCCAGCGGCACCACAACCAGAGCACAGCCAUCAACCUUAACAACCCUGAGAGCCAGUCCAUGCACCUGGAGACGCGCCUGGUGCAGCUCGACAGUGCCAUCAGCAUGGAGCUCUGGCAGGAGGCCUUCAAGGCUGUGGAGGACAUCCAUGGCCUGUUUGCCCUCUCGAAGAAGCCACCCAAGCCUCAGCUCAUGGCCAACUACUAUAACAAGGUGUCCACGGUGUUCUGGAAGUCGGGGAAUGCUCUGUUCCAUGCCUCCACCCUCCACCGCCUGUACCAUCUCUCCAGAGAGAUGAGGAAGAAUCUCACGCAAGAGGAGAUGCAGAGGAUGUCCACCAGAGUUCUCUUGGCCACUCUGUCCAUCCCCAUAACCCCUGAGCGCACAGACAUCGCCCGUCUGCUGGACAUGGAUGGCAUCAUUGUGGAGAAGCACCGCAGGCUGGCCACGCUGCUUGGCCUGCAGUCCCCGCCCACCCGCCAGAGCCUUAUCAAUGACAUGGUGAGGUUUAAUCUGCUGCAGUACAUUGUGCCGGAGGUGAAGGAGCUGUACAGCUGGCUGGAGGUCGACUUCCAUCCACUCAAGCUGUGUGGCCGAGUCACCAAGGUUCUGAACUGGGUGAAGGACCAGGCAGAGAAGGAACCUGAUCUGCAGCAGUAUGUCCCCCAUCUCCAGAACAACACCAUACUCAGACUUCUGCAGCAGGUGGCUCAGAUCUACCAGAGCAUUGAGUUCAGCCGGCUGGCCUCACUCGUACCCUUCGUGGACACCUUCCAGCUUGAGCGUUCAAUCGUCGACGCUGCACGGCACUGUGACCUCCAGGUGCGCAUUGACCAUACGACUCGCACAUUGAGCUUCGGUUCUGACCUGAACUACUCGACUAAAGAGGACUCCCCCGUCGGGCCGUUCCUGCAGAAUAUGCCCUCCGAGCAGAUACGCAACCAGCUCACCGCCAUGUCAUCUGCCCUGUCCAAGGCCAUUCAGAUCAUCAAACCUGCCUCCAUUCUGCAAGAGCGUGAGGAGCACAGCCUGCAAGCCAUUGCUGCCUACCUUAAGAACGCUCGCAAGGAGCACCAGCGCAUCCUGGCCCGCCGGCAGACCAUCGAGGAGCGCAAGGAGCGCCUGGAGAGCCUAAACAUCCAGCGGGAGAAGGAAGAGCUAGAGCAGCGAGAGGCGGAGCUUCAGAAGGUGCGCAAGGCUGAGGAGGAACGUCUACGUCAGGAGGCCAAGGAGCGCGAGAAGGAGCGCAUCAUGCAGGAGCACGAGCAGAUCAAGAAGAAGACAGUGCGUGAGCGGCUUGAGCAGAUUAAGAAGACAGAGCUGGGUGCCAAGGCCUUCAAGGACAUUGAUAUUGAGGAUCUGGAGGAGCUGGAUCCUGAUUUCAUCAUGGCCAAACAGGUGGAGCAGCUCGAGAAGGAGAAGAAGGAGCUGCAGGAACGCUUGAAGAACCAGGAGAAGAAGAUUGACUACUUUGAGCGGGCCAAGCGAUUGGAGGAGAUCCCCCUCAUAAAGAAGGCGUACGAGGAGCAACGUGUGAAGGACAUGGACCUGUGGGAACUUCAGGAGGAGGAGAGGAUUAACAACAUGAAAGUGGAGCGUGAAAAAGCCCUGGAGCACAAGAAGAGGAUGUCCAGGAUGAUGGAGGAUAAAGAGAACUUUGUGUCCAAAAUAACUGCAGCUCGAAGCUUCAUCUAUGAGGAAAAACUGAAGCAGUUUCAGGAGCGAUUGGUGGAAGAGAGGAAGAAGCGCCUGGAGGAACGGAAAAAACAGAGAAAAGAGGAACGUAGAAACGCCUACUACCGUCAGAGAGAGGAGGAGGCUCAGAGGAUCCGUGAGGAGCAGCUGAAGAAAGAGCGUGAGGAGCGUGAGCGGCGUGAACAGGAGCAGCGUGAGGAGGAAGAGCGGGAAUACCAGGAGCGUCUCCGCAAACUGGAGGAGCAGGAGAGGAAGCAGCGUGCUAGACAGCAGGAGAUAGAGGAACGGGAACGCCGCAGAGAGGAGGAGAGGAGGGGCCCUGAGGAGAAGACUAAACAGGACUGGGGUGAAAAGGAUGAGGGAGGCUGGAGGAGACGGGCCGAUGUCGGCGAGUCUGACUGGAGACGCCCUACUACAGAGAGCAGGGACUGGCGUCAGGAAGGCCGUGAUGACCAUGAGCAUGAGGAUCGUGAGUCUUCCUUCAGGAGGGGAGGUGACGGUCCUCGCCGCGGUGGCUCUGAUGACCGUGGCCUCCGCCGUGGAUAUGAAGACGACCGUGGCCCACGGCGCGGUGGGGAUGACGACCGGGGCCCACGGCGCGGUGGGGAUGACGACCGGGGCCCACGGCGCGGUGGGGAUGACGACCGGGGCCCACGGCGCGGUGGGGAUGACGACCGGGGCCCACGGCGCGGUGGGGAUGACGAGCGCGGGCCAAGACGGGGCUUGGAUGAACCAAGAGGUCCUCGACGUGGAGCUGAUGAAGACUGGGGUCCCAGGAGAGGAGGUGAUGAAGAGCGAGGGGGUAGAAGGGGCCUGGAUGACUCUGGCCCACACCGUGAUGACUCCAGGCCUUGGAAACCUUUGGGCAGACCAGGUGGAUGGAGAGAAAGGGAGAAGGCCCGUGAGGAGAGCUGGGGUCCGCCUCGUGACUCUGCUGGUCUUGAUGACGACGGUGAUGGAGACGACCGGUUUGAUGGCGAGCGCUUUAGAGAUCGUCGACCUCCCAGGGAGGAGGGAGGUUGGAGAAGACCUGCUGGUGAUGAGCCGUCUAGCUGGCGGGACUCUCGCCGUGAGGACUUUGACCGUGAAGAUCGGCGUGACCGCCGUGAUAUGAGAGAUCGCAGAGAUGAUCGUGAUCAGCGCAGCUCCCACAGAGAACAUGAUGAUGGGGGAUCGUGGCGUCGUGGUGAGGAACGGAGAGAUGAACGGGACGCUGUCCCUCGAACCCGAGAUCGUGACGGGGACAAGAACUCCUGGCGCUCUGACAAGGACAAAGACAACCCACGGCGCACCAAGAAUGAGACAGACGACGACGGCUGGACUACAGUCCGUCGCUAGAGGCGCUCUCUGUCCCCUCUGGGCCUCUGUAGCUCCUGUCUACUAGAGGUUACAAAAUCUGUGGCAAUGUAACUCCUUUUUUUUGUUUUUGGGGAGGGGGUGUUUUGACUUCCAGCUCAGAGUAGACCAUUCCCUUUUUGUUGUGCAUGCUUUAGUAUUACACUGGUGUCAACAUGUUUCCUGAACCAGUGUGGGGGAAUAUUGGCCAAUUCUAUACAGAUAAAAAAUUAAAUAACAGAGACCGGUGUGUUGUGAUCAUUUCUGUAGUGGAUGUCAGUGUAUCAUGACAGACCAUCAUGCACUCACUGCUGCUUCUGCCAUGGCUUAGUGCUUUUUAGAAAAAUUAAUACUUUAUUAAUAAAGUUAUUUGCUCGACAAA